CGAAGCCCAAGUAAAAAUUGCACUUUGUUAGCAUAGAAUUCGAAAUUUUAAUAAUUAAUCGUAAACCCAAUGAAACUUUAUGGUAAUUAGUUUAAACAGCAGUUAAACCGAUACGUGUGAAGAAGCUUGCAAUCGUGCUCGAUGUAAAAGAAAAGUCUUAACCUCCAAGUAUAGAAAAUGGAAGAUAAAUCCCGCCGUGGCAGACCUCGUGUACUAAAAGAUUACAAGUGUAGAUUCUGCCCAAGUUUUUUCUCAAAUAGAUCAAAUUGGAGAAAGCACAUAAAAAAACACUUGUAUUUAAGACUUCUUCCAUGUAGUGUAUGCGGUGAAAAAUUUAAAACUAAAAGAAAAUUGCGUUUUCACAAGAAGUUGCACACAAGAGAAAAAAAGUUUCAGUGUAAAUUUUGUUUUUGUACUUUCAACAAUAUUGGAAAGUUUAAUAGACAUAAAGCAAUUCACAAGUCUUACUUUUACUGCAAUUCAUGUCAAAGAAGAUUUAUGAAUAAACGCAAAUAUGAAUUGCACAAAAAAUCUCAUCUGAUAGAAGCACCGAACCGAAAUAAACAUGUAAAAAAAGAAGAAACAGAAGCAGGAUCUUCUUCAGCUCAAAUUGUGUUAAGCUUUCAUAAUUACUCUCUUCCACAAACUCAAACUUCGAAUAAAAUAAAGAAAACAUCAAAAACUUUGAAAAUUUGCAGUUCGGUGGAAAAAGUAAAACAAGUGGAAUCUUCUUCAGCUGAGGUUCAGGAAGAAGUGACGAUAGAAGCAGGACCAUUUUCAGCUCAUGUUCAGGAAGAAGUGACGAUAGAAGCAGGACCAUGUUCAGCUGACAUUCAGGAAGAAGUGACAAUAGAAGCAGAACCAUUUUCAGCUCAUGUUCAGGAAGAAGUGACGAUAGAAACAGGACCAUCUUCAUCUCAUGUUCAGGAAGGAGCGAUGAUGCAAACGAGAACUUUCUUACUUUAAAACCCGCUAAUUUACAUACUUAACCUCUUUCUUUAUCGAGUUCAACUUUGGAGAAACGAAGCAAAGUUAAACUGAACAGAAAUACAAGAAUACAUCAAAUAUCCGCAUACAAUUUCGCAAACGACAAUUUUGUAAAUAUGUCAGAAUAAUUGUGAAACUCUGUAAAGCGAACGCACUGAUAAAAAGAACGAUUUAAACAUUUUAUUGAUAUUCAAAAAUAUUUUAUAUAAUUUUAACCGAUUUUAUUGUGUAUUUGUAUUUUAUAUAAUUUUACAAUAAAACGAAUUUAAAUGAAAUGAAAAUUAACUUCAUUCAUUUCAUCAACUGGAGACAUCCCC